AUGACAGCUGAAGAAUCAACUAGUUCUGUAUGGAGUAAAGAGCAAGAUAAGGCAUUUGAGAAUGCCUUGGCUACUUACCCUGAGGAUUGUGCAGAUCGGUGGGAGAAAAUUGCCGCAGAUGUUCCAGGAAAAUCCUUGAAAGAGAUUCAGCAGCACUAUGAGAUUUUGAUUGAUGAUGUAAACCGGAUCGAGUCGGGUUGUGUACCUGUGCCUAGUUAUAGUUCCUCAUCUGAUGGUGGUCCAAACAGCCAGGCUGCUGAUGAAGGAACUGCUGGGAAGAAGAGUGGCAAUUCGGGGCAGUUUAGCAGUGAGUCUAAUCAUGGAGGUGGUGGCAAGGGUUCAAGAGCAGAUCAGGAAAGGCGAAAAGGAAUUGCUUGGACAGAGGAUGAACACAGGUUGUUCCUCCUUGGUUUGGACAAAUACGGGAAAGGUGAUUGGCGAAGUAUCUCCCGGAACUUUGUUGUUACGCGGACUCCUACGCAAGUGGCUAGUCAUGCUCAGAAGUAUUUCAUUCGUUUGAACUCUAUGAAUAAAGAUAGAAGGCGAUCUAGCAUUCACGACAUCACCAGUGUCAAUUCUGGGGAUGUUUCUGUGCCCCAGGGUCCAAUCACUGGUCAAGCAAACGGAUCUGGUUCUACCAGCACCGGAAAGCCCAGUAAACAAUCUCCUCAACCAGCUGCUGCAACUCCUGGAGUCGGCAUGUAUGGUACAACUAUUGGGCAGCCGGUAGGAGGACCGCUUGUUUCAGCAGUUGGAACACCAGUGAAUCUUCCACCAACGGCACACAUGGCGUAUGGUGUGCGAGCCCCAGUUCCAGGAACAAUGGUUCCGGGAGCGCCAAUGAACAUGGCUCCUAUGGCUUAUCCAAUGCCUCAUACAUCUGCACAUAGGUGA